UGAACCCUUAAAGCAUUCAUCAUGCACCCUGACAUACAUAUCUCCAAAGAAGAAAGGAGAUGACCAAAAGAGAAAAAUAAGAAAGGAGAAUCCAGGGGGGGUUAGAAAAAGAUCAAAAGGAGGGCAACUCCACUAUCUUUGUUGAUCCAUCAUGUGGAAUCAGCAGCAGCAGCAGCAGCAGCAUCAAGCUCACCAUGGCCAUCAGCUUCAGCUUCACCCAAGCGUGGAGGCACACCACCAGCAGCCGCCGCCUCCGGGCUUGGUGAUGGCUUCUUCUGCGCCAGGCAUGGCCUCUGGGGCUCUCCAGGUGAGCGGCGGUGCCGGCGCCGGCUCGUCGGCGCGGCCGGCGUCGAUGGCGGAGCGCGCCCGGAUGGCGAAGAUCCCGCAGCCGGAGCCGGGGCUGAGGUGCCCGCGCUGCGACUCCACCAACACCAAGUUCUGCUACUUCAACAACUACUCCCUCACCCAACCCCGCCACUUCUGCAAGGCGUGCCGCCGCUACUGGACCCGCGGCGGCGCGCUCCGCAACGUCCCCGUCGGCGGCGGGUGCCGCCGCAACAAGCGCGGUGGCGGCAAGCCACCAAAGAAAGCAGCCUCCACGUCCAGCGCCGGCGCUGGUGCGGGCGGCGUCAUGGCGGUGCCGCAGCUGCAGCUCCCUUUCGGCUCGUGUGAUGGCAGCCAUGGUAUGGUGGUCGGUGGUGGUGUGUCGUCGAGAUUAGGGUUUCCGGAGCUCAGCUCGCUGCACCCAGCCGCCGCCGCCGCCGGCGACUACCACCAGCUCGGCGGCGACGGCCUCGGGCUUGAACGGCCGCGCCUCUCGCCGCUGCAGCAGUUCCCGUUCAUAACCCGGCCCAGCACCGCCGUUCAGCCGCCGCCGCUGAUGUCCGCCGGAAUAUCCUACCCAUUUGGCGACAUGCCGGCCAACUCCAACAUCGCCGGGGGCUCCGCCGGCCUCAUCACUCAGAUGGCCUCGGUGAAGAUGGACGACAUCGACAACCCAACACCACCAACGAGCUCGCCGAGGGAGUUCCUCGGUCUCCGUGGAACCUUGCAGUUCUGGGGAGGCGGCGGCGGCGGCCGCACCGGUGGCGAUGGCGGCGGCGGCGGCGCGUGGUCCGAUGAUCUGCCGGCGUUUGACUUGUCAACGCCUGGAAACAUGCUGUGAUCGAUGAGUCAUCAUGCAUGCAUGCAUGCAUGCUGCAUGGCUUCAUGAGGAAGAACACAACAUCUACAGCCAUGCACAAAACUAGCUAGAUAUAAGCUAAGAGUAUAUGUGUUAUAUAUAUAUACACUAAGACUAUAUCUUGUGUGUAUCAUGCAUAUGCAUCGAUAAACUAGCUAGGUAAAUUGCAUGAGAUUAAUCUAAUUAAUUAGUCACUGUGGCACAACUGAUCUGCUUCUUCUUGUUCUUGCAUGACUUCCAUGCCUUGCAUAUGUUGCUAGAUCAAGUCAUGAAGCUAUAGCUAGGUUACAUAUGGCUGUGUGUGCUAGGAGUAGUAUUAAAGCAAGCUCGAUCUCUAUCUAGUGAUCAACCGUAGCUUAAUUUCUUGUAACUUUUUUCCUUCUCUAGAGGCAAAGCUUUUGCCCUACUUUCAAAAAAAAAUAAUUAGUAUGUAGUUUUUGUUUCAGCACUCUAUUUAUGUUGACAUCUGAUUUAUGAAUCUGGUGUGGUCAGGUUAAUUAGUUCAUCGGUUACUUAAUUAUGUUGCCUAGUUUCCACACAUUUCAGUAUGGAUAUGAUUAAUA